CCAAGACACUGGAAACUCCCACAUAAUGACCACAUUUUGGAAAGAAAAUACCCCAAGAAAUUAAAUCUUAGAAAUAACUCAGAAAUGUUUUCAUGUUUUCCUUUCUGGAUCCUAGAUCAUUGAGAACCAGGGGUGGACUGACCAUUUGGAAACUCGGGCACUGCCCAAGGGCCCGGGGUCAGUAGGGGCCCCAUGAGAUGCCCCUGGUACCUUUUUCAUAGGCUUUUUUGAGUUUGGGCAAGGACACAGGGGCCCCAUGAUCCCCUAUUGCCCGGGGGCCCCAU